AUUUUCUAGGUUCAUACAAAAUUCCAAACAAAAAUAUGUCUGAUGAAAUCCCUAUUUCUUUCCAUUAGAAUAAACAGUUUAUGAUUAGGGCCGCCGUCAUCCGCCACCAACUCCGCCCCGUCGCUACCAGAUUCAACGGCCCUCCGACACCAAUACCAUCAUGGUUACGGCGGCUGAUUCACUAACCAAUAACUCAGUCCCGAUACACAAAUUCUCAGUUAACGAGGACGAACAGUACGAAAAAGUUGAGGUUGAAGAAGAAAAUAGCGAAGGAUCAGCUCCACUCGAUGAUGGAAACCAUAAAAAAGAUGGAACCCACAUUCUGGAGCCUUUGGGUCUUAAAGAUCAUUUAAGAUCAGGAUCUUGUACUCCAAAACCUGUAGCAAAUCCUGAUACCCCUAUGACUGAAGAGGGUAAUGACAGUUGCAGGAUAUCUAAUUCUGAUGAAAGAAGAGGAAAGAAUUAUUCAAGUUUGGAUGGAAAAAGAACCGUUGUACUUUCUGAUCUCCAAGCUCUUAAAUGUGAUAGUGGGGAAACAACCCUUGAAAACCAGCCGUUUGGUCAAAAAGUAAGUGCUGAAUUCACUGAAGGAGGUCAUCAUGAAGUGUUACAGGAUUUACAACAAACAUCAUCAAGGUUGGAUGCUGAGGAGACUUGGGCCAGAAGUUUGACCCCUCCUGCUGAUUCUAGAGGUGGAAACAAAAGACCAGCAGAUAGAUGUGAAUUUUAUUCUAGAGGUUCAAAAUAUACCACCGAGAGACCAGCAUCGUAUUGUUUCUCUGAUUUUGCAUCAUCUGAAGUUCAAUGUGGAGGAUAUCAAAGGUUGAACAGUGAAAAUGAUUUGCAUAUGCAUAAAGAUGAGGAUUGGUCAAGCAUGCCGUUUAGAGACUUUGGAAGAGAAACUUUUGGAUAUAAAUCAUACUUGGCUGGUUAUGGCAGCUCGUCACCACCAUUACUCAAAGAUAAUUCUCUUAAUAAAGAUAGCUAUUGUAGUGGAAUGCAUCCAAGUAGCUCAGUACUGCCAUCUUACAAGUAUCUGAACACCGAAGGUCCCUCUUAUGCCUCAGCUUUGGAUGGCACAAGUUAUAAGAGGACCCACCUUAUGCCCGAUUAUCAUCAUUUGCCAUUCUUGAAUCGCUCUGUGGAUAGGUGGCCUUCUUAUCUCACUUCUUCCUCUUCAAACCUAGACCCUGUUGGUGAUCAGAAGCUUUUAGACCGUAGCCGAGACUGUAUAACUAGGUCAAUGUCUCUGCAUAACAAGUCUUCAGCACUUCCUGGUUGUGGAACUGAAUCUUUUUCUUGGACUGAUUUAUCAGGGGACACAGAACACUCGUGUGGUUAUAAGACCAAGGUGAAUUUUAAUGACUGGGAGACUUCUGCGCCUUUUCGUCCAUCAACCUUUCUUAGUCAAAUUAUUCCCCCUCCAGAAAGUCUUUAUGAUCCGAUUCGUGACAGCAUUGAGCAAACCAGCACCGCCGAGAAAGAUUUGUCUGCUAAUGAAAGAAAAACAGCUGAUAGAGCUAUAGCCCAUCAAGAGAACAUGAAUACCUCUUCAAAAGAAGAAAAGCACUCAAGAUCAGUUAAUCCCAGAGGCCAAAAGAGGAAACAAUCAAAAUUAGAGAAGCUCGGACCCAGCUGCGAAAUUGAUACCGACUUUAGGAGAGAUGGAUCUGUGAACUAUGAGUCAGGAGUUAUGAAGCAUUUCCGUGCUGCUCUUGUGGAAUUAGUUAAAGAAUUGCUUAAGCCAACUUGGCAUGAAGGUCUUUUGAUGAGGGAUGCAUACAAGAUGAUUGUUAAGAAAGCAGUAGAAAAGAUCAUUAACUCUUUGACACCCGAUCAAGUUCCUGAUACGACUGAAUCCAUCAAUCAAUAUCUCUCUGUAUCUGAGACAAAAGUAGCUAAGCUGAUUGAGGGGUAUCUGGAGAAAUAUGGUAAAUCUUGAGAUGAAUCAUCAAAAGUAUUGCUUUACAUGCUGCCACUAGUCAGGAAUUAAUUAAACAUGUCAUUGUGGACUACUUAUGUUUCUACUAAAGGGCUAGAAGCAAAAUGUUAAUUUUGUAUAUGGAUUUCUUCUUCUUAGAUAAGACCUUUUUUUGCUGCCUUCAUGGGUCGAAAGAAUUUUGGAAGCAUCUAUGUUUACUUAGUAAUAGUUUGAUUCAAUCUUGGUAAGGAAAAAUAAUUUGCUAAUGUCAUCAUCUUCGCUAGAGUCAACUACUAGAUUAGUGCUCAU